CAUUUCUAGAACUAAUUACACCUAAGUUCGGAUAAAACUGUUCGGUACUGAGUGUCAUAACUGUGUCGGUCAAUACCAUAGUUAACCAUUGUGUAGUGUCCAUAGGUACCUAAUCGGAUCGUUAAGUAAACCUACAUCACAGCAGUAUGGUAAGUCCAUGCUUUAUAUGCCCCUAUGCCUAGCAGUGGGACGUUAUUUAGAAGAGAUACAUUAAACUGAAACACUAUAGAUACGUAGCAGUUAUUAGACAAAAAGAAUAGAGAUAUAAAAGUAAAGCUUAGGUACUGAGCAUUAGCUAGAGUAGUUUCUGCAUCAUUGGCCCGACUAAGUGCCUAGCUAGAUAGAUGGAAAUGACGCUUAGAGUCCCCAGUGCAUUUGAAGUGAAGUGAAAUAAGUGACCGGACAUGUUCCCCUUGAGAGAAGUCCACGGCCGCAGCGAUUAUGAGGACCUUGGCGAAUACGAUGAGGAAAGAAAGAAGCCGCCCUGGUACUGUGCGGCGUACGAAGCCUGCAUUCGUAACAUUCUCCGCUGCCGGCGUUGGCUACGACUGCAACUCAAUUCCAGGACCUGGAAAUCUUUAAAUGAGGACGAGGUCACGACGUCCGGCCUCACGGACGGCGCGGCGGACGAGCAGAACCGCGUCAUCUUCGUCAACCGGCCGCAGCCGCAGAAGUUCGUCUCCAACAGGAUAUCCACCGCCAAGUACAGCUUGCCGUCGUUCGUGCCGCUGUUCCUGUUCGAGCAGUUCCGCCGCUACUCCAACUGCUUCUUCCUGCUCAUCGCGCUGCUGCAGCAGAUCCCCGACGUGUCGCCCACGGGCCGCUGGACCACGCUCACGCCGCUCAUCCUCAUCCUCACCGUCAGCGCUAUCAAGGAGAUCGUCGAGGACUUUAAGCGGCACCGCGCGGACGACGAGACCAACCGGCGCAAGGUGGAGGUGAUGCGUGACGGGCGCUGGCUCAGCCUGCGCUGGGAGAAGCUGCAGGUGGGGGACAUCUGCAAGGUGCUCAACAACCAGUUUUUCCCCGCCGACCUCGUCAUGCUGGCCUCCAGUGAACCGCAGGGCAUAUCGUUCAUCGAGACGUCCAACCUGGACGGCGAGACCAACCUGAAGAUUCGGCAGGCCAACUCCGAGACCGCGCCGUUGGACAACGUCGCCGCGCUGGCGGAGUUCCGCGCCACCGUGCAGUGCGAGCCGCCCAACAGGCACCUCUACGAGUUUAACGGCAUGCUCAAGGAGACCAACGCUAAAACAAUCCCACUGGGUCUGGAGCAGAUGCUGCUGCGUGGCUCCAUGCUGCGCAACACGGCGUGGGUCAUCGCCCUCGUGGUGUACACGGGCCACGAGACCAAGCUCAUGAAGAACUCCACCAAAGCUCCACUGAAGCGCUCGUCCAUCGACCGGCAGACCAACACGCAGAUCCUGAUGCUGUUCAUCAUCCUGCUGGUGCUGUCGCUGCUCAGCGCCGUGUUCAACGAGCUGUGGAUCCAGCAGCGCAAGCACACCGACUGGUACAUCGGCCUCUCCGAUGCGCAGAAUACAAAUUUCAUAUUCAACUUUUUGACAUUUUUGAUAUUAUACAACAAUCUUAUACCAAUAUCCUUACAAGUUACUGCUGAAAUUGUCAGAUUUUUCCAAGCGAAGUUUAUAGCGAUGGACAGUGAGAUGUACCACGCGGAGACGGACACGCCCGCGUUGGCGCGCACGUCCAAUCUCAACGAGGAGCUGGGCAUGGUGCGCUACGUGUUCAGCGACAAGACCGGCACGCUCACCUGCAACGUCAUGGAGUUCCGCAAGUGCUCCAUCGCUGAGGUGAUAUACAACAAGCCGGGCCACAACGAGCGGCUGGAGGACACGCUGCUGUACCAGAACCUGGACAACAACCACCCCAACGCCGCCGUCAUCUCCGAGUUCCUCACCAUGCUGGCCGUGUGCCACACCGUCAUCCCCGAGCUGGUGGACGGCGCCAUCAACUACCACGCCGCCUCGCCGGACGAGCGCGCGCUGGUGGCGGGCGCGGCGGCGUGGGGCUGGGUGUUCGCCGCGCGCACGCCGCAGGCGGUGACGGUGCGCGCGCGCGGCCGCACGCUCACCUACAGCGUGCUGCACGUGCUCGCCUUCACCUCGUCGCGCAAGCGCAUGUCCGUCGUCGUGCGCGCGCCCACCGGUGAGAUCAAGCUGUACUGCAAGGGCGCGGACUCGGUGAUCUACCCGCGGCUGGCGGGCGGGCCGCGCGCGGCGGCCUUCGCGGAGGCCACGCUGGCGCACCUGGAGCACUUCGCGGACGAGGGGCUGCGGACGCUGGUGUUCGCCGUCGCAGACAUCCCCGAGCAUUUCUACAAGGACUGGUCGAACACGUACCACAAGGCGAGCAUCGCGAUACACGACCGCGAGCAGAAGCUGGAGGAGGCCGCGCUGCUCAUCGAGAACAACCUGCGGCUGCUGGGCGCCACGGCCAUCGAGGACAAGCUGCAGGACGGCGUGCCCGAGGCGGUGGCGGCGCUGCUGCAGGCCAACAUCCACGUGUGGGUGCUGACGGGCGACAAGCAGGAGACGGCCAUCAACAUCGCGCACUCGGCGCGCCUGCUGCACGCCGCCAUGCCGCUGCUCGUGCUCAACGAGGACAGCUUGGACGCAACCAGAGAGAGUCUAUCCCGUCACUUGGCGGACUUCGGCGAGAACCUCUGUAAGGAGAACGAAGUGGCGCUCGUGAUAGACGGACAGACACUCAAGUACGCGAUGGGCUGUGACCUCAAGAAGGACUUCUUGGACCUCUGCGUGUCGUGCAAGGUGGUCGUGUGCUGCCGCGUCUCUCCCAUACAGAAGGCCGAGGUGGUGGAAAUGGUCUCCCGAGCGACUGGCGCGGUGACGUUGGCCAUUGGCGACGGUGCCAACGACGUGGCGAUGAUCCAACGUGCUUCGGUGGGCGUUGGCAUUUCCGGCGUGGAAGGCUUGCAGGCUGUCUGCGCUUCCGAUUACAGUAUUGCACAGUUCCGCUUCUUGGUACGUCUGCUUCUGGUGCACGGCGCGUGGAAUUACUCGCGCAUCAGCAAGCUAAUCCUCUACUCCUUUUACAAGAACAUCUGCCUCUACGUCAUUGAGCUCUGGUUCGCGAUAUACUCUGCGUGGUCGGGUCAAAUAUUAUUCGAACGCUGGACGAUAGGGUUCUACAACGUAAUCUUCACAGCGCUGCCGCCAUUCGCCAUCGGACUGUUCGAUAAGAUCUGUUCCCCUGAAAUUAUGUUAAGGCACCCGGUGCUGUACAUCCCGUCGCAGCAGAACCUGCUGUUCAACGUGCGCGUGUUCUGGGUGUGGGCGGUCAACGCGCUGCUGCACUCCAUGCUGCUGUUCUGGCUGCCCGUGUUGCUGACGCAGCAUCACGUCCUGUGGCCGCACGGCAAGGACGGCGGGUACCUCGUGCUCGGCAACUUCGUCUACACCUUCGUGGUGGCGACGGUGUGCCUGAAGGCGGGGCUGGCGACGCACUCGUGGACGUGGGUCACGCACGUGUCCAUCUGGGGCUCCAUCGCGCUGUGGUUCCUCUUCAUCCUCGUCUACAGCAACCUGUACCCCACCAUCCUGAUCGGCGCGGUGAUGCGCGGCAUGGACCGCAUGGUGUUCAGCUCGCUGGUGUUCUGGUUCGGCCUGCUGCUGGUGCCCGCCGCCACGCUGCUGCCCGACCUGGUGGUCACCGUCAUACACAACUCCGCCUUCAAAACGAUGACGGAGGCGGUGCGAGAGAGCGAGAUCAAGAAGCGGGACCCGGCGGCGCUCCUCGCGCAGCCGCGCCACUCAUGGGUUCGCGUUCUCGCAAGAGGAGGGCGCCAGCGUGUCGCAGGCCGACGUCAUCCGCGCGUACGACACGAGCCGGCCGCGCCGCUCCUGAGCGCGCGCGCGUCUGCCCGCGUGCGGCGCGCGCGCGGCUCGCAUGCGGCCGGUGUCACGCGACCCAGCUGACGGCUCCACUGCAGCGUAAAAUAGGCCUACUUACUUUGCAAACAGAAAAACUCCAUGAGCUUUUGAAGCGUUCUUUUAUAUCUUUUUACUUGUAAGAAAAUCAAAGUACAUAUUUACUUUUCAAAUAAGAUGUAUAUUAUCCACUUCUUUGUUUACUACUGAUCAUAACACAAUCAAGUCGCUGUGAGGUGAUUUCAUUUUUAUAGUUCGCAACGAAUGUGUUUGCCACUCUGAAUGAGUGCGCAUUAUCUAAUCAGUACCUACUAAAAAUUACAAAUGCGUAUUUUGAUUUUUCUUUUAAAGUUUUAUCGUCAUUCACAGUACCAUUUGAAAUAAAUGUAAGUAAUUCGACUACGAGUACGUCAUAACGGAAUGUUUCAAAGGCUUGCUUAUAACUUAUCACAAUAAUUAUUACUCGUGAGUACGCUUCGCAUUUUGUUUAUUGUCUGUAAUAGGUAUUACAAUUACAUUUAAUUACGGUUAUUAUCAUUUAUAGAUGCUCUAUACAAAUGGUACCUAUUAUCUUUGUUUGUCUGUAAUUCAUUGCAUAUAUUCAUAUGAAUAUAUCUGAGAAUUUCCUGAACCAUAACCCAUUUCUCAUCAAUAAGAUUAUUGCUAAAAAUGGUUUACUUAUGUUUAGAAAAUUCUUAGAUUUGCUAUUAUAUAAAAAGAUCAGCGAAUCUUGUUGCAGUCGUGUACUGCAACCGAACUACUAUCACGAUAGGUUGUAUUUUACGCGAGUUGGCCGUCAGUGCUCCUCAGAACUCAAAUAUGACUCUACAGAUCGUGCGCAACGACUUGGACUCCUUGUCUAUGUGUAAGACGGCGAAUUGUGCGCAUGAAGUCGAAAGCAUCAAAUCUAUGAGCUGCUCUUGCGUAUCUAUCCGAACGAGGUGAUCAACUCGUUGCGCAUGGUCUAAUACACCAAUGAGCCAAAAACACAGUAGGUAUAUUUAGUAAUAAUAUUUUAUCGAAUCGUAAAGUGCAUAUAUAAUAUAUGAUAAUCUAUAUUAUCUAGAGUAUAAAAUAAAUAUUUUGGUCACGUUUUAUCGAACCGGUAAAUUUUAUGAUAAUAUACAUUUUUAAAUGAAGAAAUCUCUUAGCGGGUCUGUAUGGACACUCGAGCUGGUGGCUGAUUACUUGUCGAAUCGUAAGCAAUGUUCCUUUCAGUACGUAAUAUGCUGAUGAGAUUAUUUGAAAAUGUAUUGCAUGCGGUGCGACUGUGAUCUGCAAACAGCAUCAUUUGCAAAGUACGUUGUAUUAUAUGUUAAGUUUCGCAUCCAUCACCACGAGUCAUACCCUGUAAUAUUAUCGCUAGAGAACUAGUGGAAAGUUUUGUGGAGGUACCUAACAAGCUAUAGCUGCUAAUGAUUAUGUAACUCCCUUUACUUGGACGUUACAUUCGGAACCCCUGGUACUGCUACUUUACGAUUAUCAUUAUUUAUUACCUAUUAAUAUAUAACUGAUAACAAUAAGUAUGUUAAAGGUAGAAGUAGGUACCUACUAACAAGUCAGUUUACCAGUAGGUACCUCCUUAAAACAUUUCACGAAUUCUUCCAUAAUUAGAUAUCGUUCGCGGCUUCGCACUCAUCUGCUUGCUAACUAACAAAUAUUCCGGGUUGUGUAAAGGCCAAAGAGAAAUAUUAUGUACGUACUUCGAUCUAUACACGAGAUGAACCAAACAAUGAGUUGAGCUUACAUAAAUCAUAGCUAAUAUUAGUUGAAAUCAUGAUAACACAUCAUUAUUCACAACCGUGUAGUAUAUAGGUAGGUAAAUAAAUUAAGUAUCUCAUUUGCUAGAUUUGUAAUAUUUAUUUUUAUGUAAUUGAUUUAUUUUAAUCAUUUAGGUGUGAUUGCUACUUAUUAUUUAUUAAUUAGUUUAGUAAGUAUUAACAAAAAAACUAAUUCGUUCUGAAAUUUCGAUGAAUUGUUCAAGUUAAUUAAUUUUAUAAAAAUGACUCUGCAGUAAUUUUUAUUACAAUAUUUUAUUUUAUAAUUUUUUUAUAUAUAAAGAUUAUAAACUAAACUAAAUGAAAUUGUCAAAAAUCAAAAGUUCAAAGCUUAUUUAUCAUUUGGUGUGGUUGCACCUUUGACUCGAUUAUUUGUUUUUGUUAUAUUAGUGUUGUCGGUUAUGUCCGCCAUAUUGGAUUUGUAACGACGUCAUGUUGACAAACUAAUAUCAUGGGACAAUCAUGGUGUUAAUCUUUUUUUUUAAUGAAGAGUGUAGAGCUUUUUAAUCUACAAUAUAUAGCAAAAACACAUUUUAUGUGAGGCUUUUCGGCAGAAUACGAGUACAUAGUUAUACAGAACUCUUCUAUGUUCUGUAUGGUCUCGCAAUUUUUUUACAGUUCCGCAAGAAUAAACUCGUAAUUAUCUACUAUCAUAAGUAUCUUUUUUUAAAUAUUUGAAUGAUUAAUGAUUAUACCUCAAAUAUUUGAGAAUAUAUCCGCGUAUUUCUGUAUACGUUACACAUGGCGGACAUAACCCUCAUACUGAUCUACAAUUUUAUAACCUGUUAUCUAUUCUAAACGGGGUGGAAAAUAAGCUAAAAGUUGCUGUUUUAUAGAAUAUUAGCCUACGCUUAUUUGUUAAAUAUAUUUGCUAUCAUAUUAUAAGUAUAAUUUGUUAUUAAAAAUUAUGAAUAUUCUAUUGAUCUAUUAGAUUACAUCAAAAUUUCAUUGCAUCUAGACGCUUUGCAUAUUGACAAACACAAAAGGACCACAAGUAUACUCGUAACCGGCAACGUUAAGGUUUCAUUAGAAACAACACGCGUGACAGUAUGCUUCCAUCUUUACAUUAAUAAUAUAAGACCAUCGGGGCGUAUAUUGAUUUAUAAAGAAAUACGCUACCCGCUAUCGACAUUGCUGUACAAAAUUUGUAAAACAUACAAUGUAAAUAAAAUCUAACAGUAUCCAUUCCUCAAAAUAAAAACAUAGAAUAAAAUAUCUGAAAAAACUCUUAUUAAUGAAAUUAAAUACAGUAAGUAUAUAGGUAACUUUGCUGUGACAGUUUUCGAAAAGGUAUUCUUGUUAAGAAUACGUAGAUAUAUUAUAUUGUAGAACAAAAAAAACGCUUUUGUCUUAUUUUUGGUACAAGGGAACACAUUUAUCAAUAGGAAUUAUGGAAUAACAUCCUAUUUUUCGUCUACUGGCAUAACUAUAUAGAAAAGCAAAGUUACCUUAUAUUUUAGUAACAAUGGUACAGUGAAACUGGAUUUUUCUGUAAACUAAAUGUGUAGAGAAAUUAAAUGUUUGUAUGUAAACUGUAAGCGAUACAAUUUUGUGUAGAGAGCCUAGCUGCUGACGCCUAGCGACAGUUAAGAGCACGAAUUUAUAUUUCGAUACUCAUCGGCACCAAGUCAUUACAAUCACUAGCACAUCUAUAAACCCCGCAAACUACUCACUGAGCGACAAGUCGACUACUUCGCUCAAGUAGGUAUACCGAACCUACAUAGGAACCGAAGCAAGGAUACCCAUAAACGAUCAUCUCAAACUUGUAUUCAUGGGUAAAACGAAAACGGAAAAAUUCGCAGUCUUAGGAGUUAUUUUAUAAUGUCAUUACUAGCAACUACAAUUAACAGAUCGAGAUUUUCGUUAUGGACUUCUUCUUCAUUCAUUCGAUAAUGUCAUCUCCCGCCGUCAUGAAAUCUGUUUAUACAGCUACCUACAUGUAUAGAUAACAACGCCUUCCCUGAAGGAGUGUUUUGGAUGUGGAGUGGAGUCAAAACUACCUAAUGAUUCUUGGCUACCUUUGAAUUGUUGAAAUUGUACUCAUCCUAUAAACUAUGAUCUGUGACAUUAAACAACUUAGGUUCGACUAAAUUAUCGGCAGUUUGUAUUUUGCGGGGACCCCUAGAAGUAAUUAAUCCUUGUCCCAAAUUUUGUACAUUUUCGAAAGCAACAGCUUUACUUUUUCCUCUAAGUAUCACCCAAAUUUAAGUGUAUUAUAUUUAAUAACAAAUGUGCGCGCAUUUGGACUGUAUUUCAUUUACCACUCGUUUAAAUAAAUCCUACACGCGGUGUCCCUUUGUUAUAAAUAAGGAACAGGACGCCACUGAUAUGCCAAUAAUGUAAUGCAAUUCUAGUCCAAAUUCGCGACCAACAAGUUUACUAGGCCUUGAACAUUAAGUUUUGAAGUAAACAAAUCCUUACUUUUGGAGUUGGCGUCAAUCAAUGUGACGGUAUCUGCUGAACCCACGCGGGCCUUUGUUUAGCCGCUUGCACAUUCAUCAGGUCAGCGCCAUCUACCGAGACUUUGUUUACUUUUAAACUUAAUUAAGGCUCUGCCUCCUCAGCCCAAACUAUGCGACUGUCAUCCGGUAGCAUGUGCAAUGUACCGGAAUUGGCGUUCGCGAUAGUUGGUUCUGGGGACGGAAUAAUUGUGAUAUCUGUAUAAUUACGUGUAAAUUGCAAAGUAAAAGUUUCAGAGUCUUUACAACAUGCCGACUGCUGGUUUUGUAACAUGUAACAUGUGUUACUGAUAUUUAUCACUAUACCUCUAACAGUUUAUUAUUGUUAACUGUUAACUUAUCUAAGAUUCGGGCGAGACUGGGCGCGGUGCGGUCGCCGGUCGGGCCGGAGAUGUUCUACACAAGACGGCGUGUCGUAUGACCGGCUCGUGGAGUCGCCACACACGGGGCACGCCUCAACCACGAACGUCGCCACCUAGAGUUGGAAGCGGCGUUUUGUGUGGCGUAGCUCCCGUGUGUGUGGACACUAAGCGUAACUUGGACACCGUCCGCUGCUAAGGCUGUGCCAUGUUUGGAAGCUGUUGCUUACACUCUAACUGAUUAGAGAGUAACAGAACAGGUAUAUCGGUUGUGAAGGUGAAUUGUGAACAACGUCGCCGAUGCCAAAGUACCUUUUAGGCUUUAAACAGUUAAUUAUGUGUUUACUCAAGUGACUCUACAACUGUUUUGACAUUCUAUAACUUUCAUUUUAUUAUUAUUCAAGAGUGUUAUUUUUAUAAUAAAAAAAUAUACGAAGCCUUUCUUUCCCAGUUAUAGUUUUCUAUCAUAAUUGCUAGUUACCUACUACUACAGCCCCCAGGCCGCAGCGGGUGUGGCACAGGGGAGAGGGGUGAGGGUUAGCCGACGUGUGACGUCACCGCGCUCCGAGCUCGCCCGCGUGUACUCGUAUUGUAAGCAGAGAUGUGAAUGUAACAGAAAAUAUAUGAUUUGUUCUCGUUCUUUA